GUCGGUUCAAAAGGCACAGAUCUACGCGAAAGACCCACUACUGCUACGUUCCACAUCUGACUGUUUAUUUUUGGCGUGGCCACAUACAAGCAAGCGUCUGACAGCGCGUAUAACAUCGAUGCCAUGCUGCUGCUUCGACGCUGCCGAGGUCUGACUCCAUGUGGUGGUCUGGCUCCUCAAAGAGGCCAAGAGUGGCCGCGUGCGCUUCGUCUGGCGAGCAGCAGCAGCCGUGAUGAGCAGAGGUCCCAACAUGGUGGACACGCUCUUGGCUGGAAGCAGGCCUUCGCGGGUGUGCUGGCUGGGACAGGAGCCGUUCUGGCUUAUGGUCUGCACCACCACCAGGCGCAGCACACGGACGCCGUCAGCGUCCACGCCCAACUCUCCCAUCUUCCCGUCUUCAGCCAGGAGGAGGUCACCAAGCACCGCACGCUGCAAGAUGGCGUGUGGGUCACCUACAAAGGCGGCGUCUAUGACAUCACAGACUUUGUCGCCAUGCACCCCGGCGGCGAUAAAAUCCUGCUGGCGGCGGGCGGCGCCCUGGAACCCUUUUGGGCGCUGUACGCCGUGCACGAGCAGGACCACGUGUUGGACAUCCUCUCUGAAUACAGGGUGGGCGAGUUGAGCGCCGAGGACCAGAAGAAGCAGCAGAGUCUGUCAUCCAGCGACCCCUACUCCUCCGACCCCCAGCGACACCCCGCCCUGUGCGUCAACAGCCUGAAGCCCUUCAACGCCGAACCGCCUCCCGAAAUCCUUUCCGACAGCUACAUCACGCCGUCCGCCAUCUUCUUCAAGAGGAACCACUUGCCUGUCCCGCGCGUGGACCCCGCCUCCUACGAGCUGCUGGUGGAGGGAGCGCCCGGAGGAGGUCUGCGCCUCUCCCUGGAGGACUUGAAGAGCCGCUUCCCCAGGCACGCGGUCACGGCCACACUGCAGUGCGCCGGCAACCGCCGCUCCGAGAUGAACCAGGUCAAGCAUGUGAAGGGGCUGAACUGGGGCAUCGCUGCCAUCGGGACCGCCACCUGGGCCGGCGCUCGCCUCAGGGACGUGCUGCAGGCGGCCGGCUACGGCCCGGACACGGCCCGCUGGGCUCGCCACGUUCAGUUUGAGGGGCUGGACAAGGACGCGACGGGAACGACUUACGGCGCUUCCAUCCCUCUGAACAAGGCGCUGAGCGAGGACGGCGACGUGCUGCUGGCGUACGAGAUGAACGGCGAGCCUCUUCCCGCCGACCACGGCUUCCCCGUGCGGGUGGUGGUGCCGGGAACGGUCGGCGCCCGGAACGUGAAGUGGCUGGCCAAGAUCACAGUCAGCGCCGAGGAGAGCGGCAGCCACUGGCAGCAGAACGACUACAAAGGCUUCUCGCCCGCCACCGACUGGGACUCCGUCGACUUCAAGUCCGCCCCCGCCAUCCAGGAGCUGCCCGUCCAGUCCGCCGUCACCACGCCCGCCGACGGAACCGUGGUCUCCCGCGACGACGAGCAGCUGACGGUGAAGGGCUACGCGUGGAGCGGCGGAGGACGAGAAGUGGUGCGCGUGGACGUGUCUCUGGACGGGGGCAAGACUUGGCAGGUGGCCCGGCUGAAGGCCGGCGAGGAGCUUUCGCCCCCACCCGGCAGAGCCUGGGCCUGGAAGCUCUGGGAGGUCACGGCAGCGCUCCCGCCCCAUACCCGGCAGCUGGAGAUAGUCUGCAAGGCGGUGGACGACAGCUACAACGUGCAGCCGGACUCUGUCGCUCCCAUCUGGAACCUGAGAGGCGUGCUGAGCAACGCCUGGCACCGGGUGAGGGUGCAGGUACGGGACGAAUAGUCCUCACGGCAAGUAUUUGCUCCAGUACUUCAAUGUUUGUGGUUUUUGGUGUCUCAAGUCCUCAGAUUGGAUCGAAGGACUUUCAAAACCAGAACGAUGCGGCUCGGCAGCUUUUUUGUACGCAUCAGGAGCAUAGGAAUAGGAAAUAUUUCUUUUUUUCACAGGUUUUUUUACGACUUUUUGCAGGAUUAAUGCCAAUUUAAGCAACAAGGAAAAGUGCUGACUUUGCAGAAAAGCAACCGCGUUAGUUUUAAUGGAAGAUGGUCGUCAUGACGACGAGGAUGAAUAAAUAUUUUUAAUUUGCUAACUGA